UCCCUGUCCCUGUCCCUGUCCCUGUCCCUGCUCCGGGUGUCCUCUGGAUUUGGCUGGUUUGGAAUUCCCAGGAAUUCCUGGGAUCGGCCGCUCCGUGUCCAUCCGGCUCCUGAUGGGGACAUCCCGGUGUGGGGACAUCUGGGAAUGGGGACAUCCUGGAUUUGGGGACAUCCCGGAUUUGGGACAUCCUGGAAUUGGGACAUCUUGGAUUUGUGACAUCCUGGAUUUGGGACAUCCCAGAUUUGGGGACAUCUUGGAUUUGGGACAUCCUGGAUUUGGGAAUCCCAGAUUUGAGGACAUCCCAGAUUUGGGGACAUCCCAGAUUUGGGGACAUCCCGGAUUGGGGACAUCCCAGAUUUGGGGAUAUCCUGGAUUGGGGACAUCCCGGAUUUGGGACAUUCUGGAUUUGGGGACAUCCCAGAUUGGGGACAUCCCAGAUUUGGGACCUCCUGGGUCAGGGCAUUCCGGUGCUGAAGCAUCCCAUGGUCGGGGCAUUCCAGGAUUGGAUCAUUCCAAUGUCGGAGCAUCUGAUGGAAUGUUCUGGUGUCGGAACGUUCCGGUGCUGGAUCCCUCUGACCUCGGAGCAUCCCCAGGGUGGAACAUUCCGGAAUGGGAACAUCCUGCUGCUCCCGGUGCUGGAGCGUUCCCGUAUCCGAGCAGCCCCGCCUGGGAUUUUCCUGGUGUUGGAGCCUCCUGCUGUGGGAUCAUCCCAGGAUCAGAGCGUCCCCACGGCGGAACAUUCCGGAACAUUCUGGUAUCGGAGCUUCCUGGUGCCGGAGCCUCCUGGUCCCAGAGCGACCCAGUCCUGGAUCAGUGUUGGAUCAUCCCAGUCCUGGAUCAUCCCAGUUCUGGAUCAUCCCAGUGCUGGAUCAUCCCAGUCCUGGAUCAUCCCAGUGUUGGAUCAUCCAGGUGUUGGAUCAUCCUGGUGUUGGAUCAUCCCAGUCCUGGAUCAUCCCAGUACUGGAUCAUCCCAGUGUUGGAUCAUCCCAGUCCUGGAUCAUCCCAGUUCUGGAUCAUCCCAGUGCCAGAGAGUCCCAAUGCUGGAUUAUCCCAGUGCUGGAUCACCCCGGUGUUGGAUCACCCCGGUGUUGGAUCAUCCCAAUGCUGGAGCAUCCCAGUGCCAGAUCAUCCCGGUCCUGGAUCAUCCCAGUCCUGGAUCAUCCCAGUUCUGGAUCAUCCCAGUGCCACAGCAUCCCAGUCCUGGAUCAUCUUGGUGCCGGAGCAUCCCAGUCCUGGACCAUCCCGGUGUUGGAUCAUCCCAGUCCUGGAUUAUCCCAGUUAUGGAUCAUCCCAGUGCCGGAACAUCCCAGUGUUGGAUCAUCCUGGUGUUGGAUCAUCCCAGUCCUGGAUCAGGGUUGGAUCAUCCCAGUGCCGCAGCAUCCCAGAGUUGGUGACAGUGAUGGAACAUCCCAGUGCCAGUUUAUCCCAGUGCCAGUUUAUCCCAGUGCCAGUCGAUCCCAGUCCUGCCCCAUCCCGGUCCCAGUCUAUCCCAGUAUCAGCCCAAUCCCAGUCCCAGUUUAUCCCAUUCCCAGCCCAUCCCAGUGCCGGCCCAUCCUGAGGGGAAACUGAGGCAGCUUGGGGGCGGAGCGGGUGGCAGUGGCAGUGUUGGGGUCCCGCUGCGCCCCCUGGAGGAUCGCGGGGGGGCCGCGUCCCCCCUUUGGGACCCCCAGGGACCCCCGUGGAACCCCAAAGGCCCCCGGGA